AUGUUUCGAGACAUCGCCCGUUAUGUCCGGAACUGCCCGAAUUGCCUCGCCAACAAGCCGCUCCAGCGGGCACCAGCAGGCACCCUACACGCCCGCCUCGUCGAGGGUCCGUGGGAGCAAGUAAGCGUCGACCUGAUGGGGCCGCUACCGCGCUCAACCAAUGGCCACACCAGCCUGCUGGUGCUGCAAGACCGCUUUACGAAAUGGGUGGAGAUGCAGCCUCUCCGCGGCGCCACCACCCAGGCCGUCAUCAAGGCCCUAUCAGAUCGCCUAUUCUAUCGCCACGGAUCGCCGAGCCUACUGAUCACCGACAACGGGCGGCAAUUUCGGGCACGCGAAUUCGCGGCCCUGCUCCAAUCCUUCCAGGUGAAACACCAGACGUCUCCGGUAUACGCCCCGCACUGCAACCCAGUAGAACGCGCCAACCGAACCGUUAAAACAAUGAUACGUCAGUACGUGGGGCGCGAUCACCGAAAUUGGGACCGUCACCUGGGAGCCUUGCAGUUCGCGAUGAACACCGCGCAACAAGCCUCCACGGGGUAUUCCCCCGCCUUCCUGAAUCACGGACGCGAACUCCGCGCCCCCGGCGCAACGCCACCCCUACAGGCCACCGUCGCAACCCCACCUAACGAGCAACAAUAUAAUUUGCGCCGACGCCCAUGGAAGCUUCGAGUAGGAGAACAGGUGUGGAAGCGGGACCACCCGCUGUCCACCAAGACCGACGCCUAUGCCGCGAAGCUAGCGCCGCGGUACCUCGGGCCGCUGACCGUCCGACGCCUCGUCUCCCCCGUCAUCGCAGACCUGCAGGACGAGGCGGGGAGGUGGUACCGACAUGUUCACGUGCAAGACCUGAAGCCGGCACCCGUGGACCACGUGCCCGCGGAACAACAAGCGGCGCUCGGCGCGGCAGCCGCGUCGCCUAGCAACGCGGGAUCAACCCGCAGGUAUAAAUCGAGGUCCCGCGAGCACCCCAAGCAGAGCAGUUCCAGAUUUCGAGAUGGAGCGAAGAGAGCAAAAACUGCAGCAAUUGUGGGCCGACCUCGCGAUGAGCGAAGACGAAGAGAGGGACGUGCCGGCCGUCCCAACACGCCGACCGACGCCGACAGUCGGCAUGACGGUGCAACGCUCCGACGCGAGUCACCGUCGAAAGCUGAAGUGGCUGACGAGCCCGCCGCCGCCUCGACAACCGCGACAACGAGAGCCACUUAG